AUGGGUACCGUUCCAUUCACUUAUCUUGGAUUCCCAGUGUAUUAUGGAAAGAAAUGCAACUCACAUUAUGAAAAUAUUCUGAGGAAAAUUGUGCAGAAAUUAUUAGGUUGGCAGAAUAAAUUGCUAACGUAUGGAGGGAGGCACAUCUUGAUUACUCAUGUGUCACAAUCAAUUCCAUUAUACCUUCUAUCAGCUAUCAAUCCCACGAAAGGGGUGAUAAAUCUGCUGCAUCACAAUUUUGCAAAGUUCUUCUGGAGUGGAAACAGGGGAGAGAGAAGGAAACACUGGGUAGCGUGGGAAGACAUUUGUUUUCCAAAAAAAGAGGGUGGAGUAGGUUUUCGAACACUGCAUGGAGUAACAAAGGCAUUAUUUAGCAAGUUAUGGUGGAGAUUUAGAGUUUCAACUGAUUCAUUGUGGAGCACAUAUAUGUGGAAUAAAUAUUGCAAGAAACAACAUCCAGUUAUAGCUGGGGCGAGAGGUGCUUCACAUGUAUGGAAAAAGAUUAUGGAGAUGAGGGAAGAGGUAGAACAAGGGAUAGGGUGGCAAAUUAAGUCUGGAAACUCUAGUUUUUGGUACGAUAAUUGGACAAGAAAAGGAGCGUUGUAUCUAACCAAUGAUAUGGAAGACGGUGAUGAAGAUAUAGAGGUACAAAUGUGUAUCAACAAUGGAGAAUGGGAUAAAGAGAAGCUAUGUGAGUUGGUGUCAGAAGAGGUAGUGGUUCAAAUAAUCAAGAAUAUAAAGUUGAAUGUGAGGCAAGAUGAAGUUGAUCAGCCAUGGUGGAUUCCUAAUACUAGUGGAAUUUUUUCGGUCCAAGUCUGCUUUUGA